AUGGCAGAAGUGGCUCGGCCUUCUCUGAGUGUUCGCUACCAGCCGGGCCGGGCCGUGGCCCUCAGUAAAGCAGCCCUCUGCCUGUUCUGCCCACAGUCUGGCCGAGGGCUCCCAGCCACGAUAGGGGAGCAGCAGACAGCUCUCGGCUCUGGGGACUACGAGGAGGCAAAGCGUGAAGAUAUGUACUUAAACAUUGUGUCAGAACAAGCCGACAAUCAUUGUAUAAGGAUUACAGUUACAAAGUUGGCACUAUCCAAUUCUUCCUUUGACAAUGAUGCACAAAAAGAUACAGAAAUAUUCUGA